GUUCCUGGAGGAUGAAGGAACUGAUACCAUUGAAUGGCCCACAUGCUCGUCUGACCAAAAUCCAAUAGAACACCUCUGGGAUAUCAUGUUUCGGUCCAUCCAAUGCCACCAGCAGGGGCGGACUGACCAUUUGGAAACUCGGGUACUGUCCGAGGGCUCGGGGUCAGUAGGGGGCCCCAUGAGAUACCCCUGGUACCUUUUUCAUAGGCUUUUUUGAGUUUGGGCAAGGACACAGGAGCUCCAUGAUCCCCUAUUGCCCGGGGGUCCCAUGA